UUGAUAUAUGACUGUCUGCAGCCUCUGUACUUCUUCAUUAUCUAAUCUGCACUUGUGCUAAAAUGUCAAUGAUAAUACUCUUCAUCAUAAUCAUAAUGCAUAAAAUUAAACCCACCAGUAUUUUAAUAUCCAUAUAACUAAACGUUACGGUGCUUAUUUCUAAAGUGAGAAUACGGACUGUUUACGAAAAAUAAUAAAACGAGUCUUGAUUGUACAUUUUGUUAGUACCGGUUAAACAGCCAGCGCAUGAGGUUAUGCGACAAUACCAGAUUUCUUCAAAAGAAUUUUAAAUUUAACGCCUUUGACAUAAAGUUGAAGAUUAUUUCGGGAAAUUUGUUAAGACAUACCAUCCAAUACGUAUCUCAAAUUCGACCUGACAAUACAGAAACAGGUCAUACACAGAACCAGUUAAUAACUUCGUACACAUAGCAGUGACGUUUUAUAAUAUAUUCAAAAUACUAAUAACUAGUUUGUUAUGAGUUCAAGUGGAUGUAAUUAUUUUUAUCGUAUUCACAGAAAACAUCCUAAGAGAAUGGGAUUCUUGUACAUAUUGUGUAUCCUGCUGCUAUCACUGACAAUAACUGUGUUAAGUGUGAAAGUCAACGGCAAAAAUGAUAACAGACGUCACAUAGUUAUUAUCAUUGCAGACGAUUUGGGUUGGAAUGAUGUCAGUUCUCAUGGUACUGAUCAAGUAAUGACGCCUAAUAUAGACUCGCUGGGUUACGCCGGGGUCACAUUGGGGAGGUACUACAGUCAUUGCAUAUGCACACCUUCUCGCUCCGCCUUACUCACAGGCAAAUAUGCUUAUACCACAGGAAUGCAAGGCUACCCUUUGACAAACGGCGAGGAUAGGGGGCUUCCUACUACCGAGAAAAUAUUACCCCAGUAUUUGAAGGAGCUGGGCUAUGCCACCCAUUUGGUCGGUAAAUGGCACGUUGGUGGUUCCCGAGAAAAGUAUUUGCCGACAAAACGCGGCUUCGAUACGUAUUUUGGGCAUAGAGGUGGAUUUGUGGACUAUUAUGAGUAUACUUCGGAAGAGAAUUGGAGCAUUGGCAAAGUGUCUGGGAUGGAUUUGUACAGAAAUGAAACGGCGGCAUGGGACGAAGAAGGAUAUAUUACGGAUUUAUAUACCGAGGAAGCCAUUUCAAUUAUAAAUUCACAUGAUGCAUCCAAACCACUGUUCUUGAUGAUGGCCCACCUAGCGCCCCAUAGCGGAAACGAUGGCGCUAUACUUCAGGCACCACCUGAAGUGGUUCGAUCUAUGCGGCACGUUGAGUCCCCAGAACGGAGGAUUUUUGCUGCCAUGGUGAAAAAACUUGACGACAGUGUUGGCGAUGUUGUAGAGGCCCUAUCAGAAAAAGGCAUUUUAAAUAAAACUAUAAUUCUAUUCAUAUCUGACAACGGGGGCAUGACGUCAGGAGACUCUGUGAAUUAUGCCAACAAUUAUCCUUUGCGUGGCCUUAAAAUGACUCCUUUUGAAGGAGGAAUUAGAGUAGUUGGAGCAAUUUGGGCAUCUGAUGAAAUAACGAGCCAUCAGUAUGACGGCUAUGUUCAUGUAUCAGAUUGGUUACCUACUCUGCUUAAAGCCAUAGGAGAAGAACCACCCAACAAUAUUGAUGGUCAUGAUCUAUGGGCAAAUAUUAUAAUGAAUCAAACCUCCUCAAGAGCUGAAAUUGUAGAAAUAGAUGAUAUGGCAGGUUAUCAGUCAUAUAUUCAUGGAGAUUUCAAGUUAAUAACAGGACAUGUAGAUCAAAAAUAUAGUAACCAUCAAGGUAAAGACUUAUUAGGAAUAAUUGGGAAACCGCCAUCUUAUACAGAUGCUAUUGUAAAUAGCAAAGUUUAUAGUGUUUUUAAAAAGGCAGGGAGAACGAUACACUUUGAAGAUAUGGUCAUAAGAAAUAGGUUUAAAGAUCUAUGUCCAAAGCACGAUGAUGAAGACGAUGAGUUGUGUCAUCCUGGAAAUGGAACAGUUUGUUUGUUUAAUAUUAAAAAUGAUCCAUGUGAACGAAAAAAUAUAGCUGAAGCAAAUCCUUAUAUUGUAAAAACAAUGAUCGAACGUUUGUCCAUAGAGAAGAAAAGGGUCAUACCAAGAGCGAAUUCAAUUGUCAGAGAGCCUAGAGCAAAUCCAGCUUUUUUUAAUUACACUUGGCAUUCAUUCGUUGAUCAAGUUUCAUCAUGAAAUAGUUUACAAAUGAAGUUUUUUUUUCAUUUAGUAAUUCCAAAAACUCCUAAGUACUUUAUGAUCAAGUAAAUAAUGAAUUUGUAUGCCUGUAGUAAAAAAUUGUGUAACUAUCUUAA